UUACUUGAAAAAGCCAUGGAUGAAAUGGAUUGCGUUUGUGAGAAGAGAGGAUACUAUAUAAUGGUAGAUAUUCACCGGCCAACAGAAAAAGGUUAUGAAAGCGUUUAUCUCCUGCCUUAUUCUCCCAGGCUUAAUCCUAUUAUCAUUUAA